AUGUCACUGCUUCUCCUUCAGAUGUUAGUGCUCUCAUGUCUUGGAGCCACAGAGCUACAGAGAACUUCACAGCAAAGGAAAACCAGAAGGCGAUUUCAGCACUUUCUCUACAUGGACAAAAAUCUGUUUGAAAGUCAAAGUUCUCCUGAGCCAGUAAGCGAGAAUCCAGUAGGAGUUGAAGAGACCCUGAAAGUACCAAGCUUUUUUGUAUCAAUUCCACAGACAGCAUCUGGAAGUGAGAAGAAAGUGGAGAAAAAAAUGUCUAGAUUCAUACUUCCCAAUGUAGGACUCCAUGCUGACCAAAACCCAAGAACAUGGGUUGCACCCCGAGAAAACUCCCCCGUGGAAAACUUCUCUCCACCCCAUCGUUCCAGCAAGAGAGAAUCUGAAUUUCCCUACAGAAAAGAUGCAAAAAAAUUCUGGGAGCACUUCAUGUUAAAGAAAAAUUCAGCAUCUGAAGAGGUUGUCCUGCCAAUCAAGACCAAUGAAAUGCACAAAGAAAACUGCAGAACCCUGCCUUUUGCCCAGGGUGUUACUCAUAACGGCUGUGAGAAGGUGACAGUACAGAAUAAUCUGUGUUUUGGAAAAUGUAGUUCUUUUCAUGUUCCUGGUUCAGAAGAUCAUCUUUAUACCUUUUGUUCUCAUUGCUUGCCCAGCAAGUUCUCCAUGAAGCGUCUGGAUCUCAACUGCACUGAUUCUGUUCCAGUGGUCAAAGAAAUCAUGAUUGUAGAAGAGUGUAAAUGUGAAACUCGGAAGAUUAAAGAUCCUGUUAUUGGAUCUCUACUGUCAGACUUGUAUGAAGAUGUACACGAGCACAGUUAA